CUUUAAAGUAAACCUUUGUUUAAAAUAACUUUUAUGGUUUAGAGGAAAAUUAAUAAAGUGCUUCUUUCCAACGUGAGUCCAACGCAAAGAUGGAAAAUGGCUCCUCAAAAGACCAAAGGUGUUGGCCAGAAGCAAAGGAAGAUUGGAAUAAAGAAGAGAAGGUCGUGUAAAAAAGGAAGAAUUUAUAAAAGUGAGAUAAAUUAUGGACCUUAUUUUUGUAAAUUGCUGAAACAGAUACAUCCUGACUUAGUUCUGUCACUAAAAGCAGUAAAUAUAUUAAAUAGUUUUGCUUCGGAUAUUUUUGAAAGGAUUGCUAAAGAAGCUGCCAUAGUGACUAAAUUUGCAAACAUUAAGACUUUAAGCAGUAGAGAAGUUCAGACUGGUGUUCGCUUAGUGUUACCUUCAGGAUUGUUGCCUCAAGCUACAGCACGUGCAACAAAAGCAGUUGUUGAUUACUUCAGGGUAACAAACAACUUUGAUAUUCCAACCAUGUCGGAGUGUGAUGAUGAAGUGGUAUGGGUCAAGGCCCACUCCAAAUCUCAAAACAUGAUUUACUACUGGAAUGCCAAGACUCAAGAAAGUAUAUGGGAAUGCGAUUUUGUUGGAAAAAUGACGGGACCAAAAGUAAAAAUUCUUGACCAGACAAACUCUGCUACUACCCCUGAGUACACUUCACCUGAAAGUUUAAAGAAAACUCCUCAGAAUACAAAUCAUCCAAAAAGGACUGAAAAAGAGAAGGAACAUGCAAUCGAAGAAGAGGACGAAGAAUUCAGGGAAGCUUUGUUAGCGUACAAUGAAGCCCGGAACUUUUCUUCUAAUGUUUUUAGUGGGGGUCAAGACGUAAGCAGACCCGCUCAUCAUACGAGUCCUAAAGUAUUGUUACCCGAAAGGAAAAGUCAAGAAAAGGAAGUGCUUGAAAAGCAAAAUCUCAACAAUAAUCAACCUAGUUGUUCAAACGCGGUUUUGAACAAAGAUGACAAAGCAAAAAAACUCAAGGAAUUUAGAAUCCCAAAACUCAUUGGUCCUGGCAAAGCACAACCUGAUAACUGGGUGCGUAAUGUGUGGCAGUCUCCGCCACCUGUUUUAGCUGGUGGUAGUUCUAAGCCAAUCUGGUCUCCUAUACCUGCAAAUUUGUACAGCAGCACUCCUUUUGAAAACAAAGGGAUUCAAGCAAAUUCAACAUCUUCGCUCUCACCUUGUCCACCAAGCUUUCCCAGCAUACCUAAACACGUGGAAAACAUUACCAAUGAUUGGAGCCAGUCGGAUUGUAGUAGCAUUCCGGAUAAAGCACCUGAAAAACCACUCUCAAAAAACGCCAACUCCAGUUUCAAAAAUCCCCGUCUUAUCUCACCAAAAAAACUAGUUUUUAAAGUAAGAGAGAAGAAUUUAGAUGAGAAAAAAAUUGGAAUAUGUGAUUACGAUUCAGCCUCUACCACUGGUAGUUACAGCAGCAUAAGAAAACGAGUUGGAGACUCUGAUUCUGUAUAUUCAGGCUCCUCCAUCAAUGAAAACCUUAGAAUGAGGAAGAGAGGGAAAAUAAAUGGCUCAGUUUAUUCAGAUUCAGGAUCCUCGUCUAGCUCUGAAAUGAGGAAAAAAUUAAAUACGAGCAGCUCACUCAAUUCAGGUUUUGACAAGAAACUAAAAGUGUCCUCAGAAUCUGUACAGUCCAAAGAUGAAAAACCGAUAGCAAGUGUUCCUACACCAACUGCUGUUCCUUCAUUAACUGCUGUCCCUUCAAUAACUGCUGUUCCUUCAUUAACUACUAUUUCUUUGUCAGAAAAUAAGCGGAAACCUCUACCAGAGAACCCUCUAGAUGCAAGACAUAAAUUGGAACGAAGGCGAAGCAUACAGUGUGAAACAGAGAAGCCUUCAAACUUGAAUCAAGAUGAAAUGGAGUGGCAAGAAACCUGUCCUUCAGAGUUGGAGAAUGACUCUGUGUGUAAUGGACCUCAGCAAUCACAACAAAGUACCACCUUGAUUGAGAAAACACUGAUAAAACCAUUGGUGCUUGUGUGCGACACAAAUAUUUGGAUUAAUGAAAAGUCCCUUCCACUAUUAACGGAGAUUCUAGAAGACAAUUCUCUGUUAGGGAUUCCAGCAACGAUAUUCAUACCUUGUCAAGUGACGAAAGAAUUAGAUAGCAUCAAAUCCAGGGAGAGCACCGCAACUGAGUCAACCAGAAAAUUGGCUAGAGAUGCGCAGAGGCUGAUCCAUGAUAGACAAUGCACUAUACAAUUUCAACACCGGAGCAAGCACAGAGAAAAAGCAGAUCCGAGCGCAGAGUUUGAAAAGAAUGACGACUUUGUGCUCAACUGUGCUCUUCAGGAGAGAAUCUCUGCCGGAGAUGAUAAGAUAGUUAUUUUGGUAACAGAUGAUUUAAAUCUGUGUAUAGGAGCUCGUCAUGUAAACCUCAAUGUUGAAACAAGUAAAUCAUUGAAAUCGUUUGUCAGGAAAUACAAAGAGAGUCUACGUUCAAAUUCAAGCGGACUUAUAUGGACACAACCAUCUACAUCCAAGGCUAGUCUAAUCGAAGUACCCAUGGAGAUUGAUGAUGAAUCAGUGUUUAGUACAAACAGUACUUCCAAUCCUGGUUUGACAAACAAUGCAUUACCAACAUCCACAACAGCAUUUCAUGCCGAGCAACUGAAUUAUGAUCUCAAGCAGUUUCUGAAUAGUGUGAUUGAAGCAGCCAAUGAUCGAGUUUAUGGAGAACUUAAAAAACAUGCAGGAAAUCCCAAUAAAAAUUGGAAAUUGGUUGACUACAUAAUUAACAUAAACAAGCGAUGGUCCUUUAUUACAGAAAAGAACCUGUCAGGAUCUGUUCAACAAAAAUUGAAAAAAAUAUUAGAACUGGUCAAAAAGUACAACAGGGGUAAAGAAGAGUUUACAGACAACGACUUUAAGUUGUACUGUUCUUGUUGUCAGAGUUUUGCAGAAGAAUUCAAAACUCUUUAUGAAGACAUAACCAAACUAUUUUCGGACAGACUUAAUAACAUUAUGGACGAGUGGGAACAGAGGAACGCUGGAAGAUGUGGCAGCUAUAGUUCUGAUGAUGAACUUCAACCGGCAGACUUGGCACUGCAGAACAUCUACUCCUGUAUUGCCUCAGACUAUGACAAGUGGAAAAAGAGUCUUGAAGGAAUGAGUGAAGAUGACAAGAAAAAGCAGCAAUGUAAUCUCAAAGAAUUCUUUUUUAAAAUAGAUAAAGUUCUACGGCCAUUAAGAAAUGCCAUGGAAGAUUAUCCUCAGUCUUCAUUGACAGUUGGAGACAAAUGUAUCAACCAGUUUCUAGAAGCAACAUCAACCUACUAUGCGGAAGAUGGAAAUAUUUUAUGUUUUGAAAUGACAACAGAAAACAUUCUAGCUUUAUUCAGGGAAAACAGUUUAAGGAAAAGGGCCAAGGAGAUGAUGAACAAAAUUAAAAGAGUGCAAACUGAUGUGGGUGUGCUCAUAGAAGAACUGAAUAGUGAUGACGAGGACCUUUUUUAAUCUCCACGUUGUGGUCAACAUUGUAAUGGUGUCUCUGAGAGAGUUUAAAUAGAAGUACAAAGAAAAAUGGUGUUACCACCAGGAAUAUUUUUAUCAACUAUUUUUAUUGUUACAACAACUCUUUUGUACAAAGGGCUAUUUUUGUAUUGUUUGAGACCUCAGUUGUGAUUUUGUAUGCUCAUGAAUACUGUUGUGUUGAUAUAAAAAGAGUGUUAAUGCAGAAAUUGCAAUUUAGUGUAUGAAUAUAAAAGUUGUUAUGAACGGAUCUCAACCAAGUUCCCAUUGAGGUCAAGUGUGCUAGUUCAAAUCUUAAAUAAGACUGGAGCCGUGUUCUUUACUUCAUUCAGCACGAUUCUUUUAAUUUUCCACUCUGUGCACAAUUAGUCUCGUCAUAGUACCUGAAAAGAAUAUGAAGGAAAUUUGCUGCUACCACCAAGUAUCAAUGUCUUUUCGUGAUAAGAUUUCUAUGGUCUGAGGAGUCAACAGCUAUUGAAGUCCACCGGUAGUUGGUGUAUGUAAACAGAGUUAAGUGUUUAGACGUAGAACAGGAACUUAAAUGCUGGAGAGAGUUUGAAUGUAGUCUUAUCUUGUACGGUGUAGGCUGGCUUUGGUUGUUCAUCAGUCUCACUUAGGGAAUUGGCCAAAGUUAAAAGGAUUUUGCUUGCAAUCUCAGUGUGAGUGAUCCUGAGAUUUUUAACAGAAAUAGACAUCUAUAUAAGACAAUCAAGAACAAUAGAUCCUGGUAGUCUUGAAACACAAGUGCAGUUUUCUCAACUUCAAUCAAUCUUUGGAUGAAAACUGAUAAACUUCUGCUGAUAGCCUCGUACAAAUGUACUUAGUCUUCUGCAAACUCCCUGAACUACUCAUUCAAAUUUUACAUGGAAAGGUCAACUGGCAAUAGGUUGUAAGAAGGGUUGACCCCUUCGUACAUAAAAUCUAACACAGAACGUAAUAUAUUCUUGACUGAUGCAUAGACUUUCCCUUACAUUAUUGUCAGCUUCUAAUCAUCUAAUAUCUAAUAUGAGUAUAAACCAUCUAGAAUGAUGGGGAAUGAAUUACAGAACACAGCAUUGGCCUAGCUCACUUGGCCGCAACAGGAGUUCGAUGGAGACCACUAGGGAUGGGUUGGUUGUUAAUAUUGGUUGUCAGUUUUACCGGUUUUGAGCAAAAAACCCCAAACCAAGAAUUGAUAUAAAAAGUCGAUUUUUCGGUUGUUCAAUAAUUUUUCUGGUAAUGGUAAUUGGUCAAGAGCACAUAACAGUUUUAUUAGAUUUCUGCUUUUACUUUCUACUGAUUUUCUGCUUGGACUUUCAUAUUUAUCACUAGAAUAUUGAUGUAAUUACAAUACCACUAAUACUUUUAUCAGGGCAGUUAGUUAAUAGUUAAUAGUUUUUAAGAGUAUCUACUCAAGGUCGAGUGAAGUGGUUCCAAUAUGAAUCGAGAAGUUGAGCUCAUAAAAAUUGUGUCAAUUAUUCCUUUGCAACUUCUUCUAUUUAUUGCUAGGAUAACUAUGCAAUCCCACACCCAUUUAACAUUUUAUCAUGGAAAUAAUAGUUUUAUGAUGGCUAUUACAUUUCCCUUCUGGCCCGUACAGUAUUUUUAUCGUACACAUCCAAUUAGGCUGGCCACUGUUGUAAAACUGUUUAUUUUCCAUUUUAAACUUUGUCAUAUUUAUAACUUAAAAUAGCCUUUGUUUUAUGGGUAGGCCUACUUAUCUUUUAUUUGACACACACAUUUUUAGGUUAUGUACUUGGUCUCAAAUCUGCCAAUGCACUUUGGUACCUUUGUCUCAUAUUGUUGUUGUCAUAACAUACAGCGUUCCUAUAUUAUCCUGACAGUUGACAAUUGUUAAGAUACCAUAAUUUAUUGAGGCCUCUACAUGAAGCUCGAGUUAUAUUUGAAGCAUGUGUGGUUCCUUUUGCAAAAGUAGAGAGAAACAUUCCAGUAACUAAAAAAAAAGCCCCAACUUAUUAAAAAAACCCCUAACCGAACCAUUAAAAUCAACAACUGACCCUUCGCUGCAGACAACCCUGGGAUACAGAAUACAUCUUGAAAAAAACUAUGAUAUAACUCAGUUCCGGCUAUUAAUUUUUAUUGUCCAAUUUUGGAUUUGUUUUGUUUUCAAGUGAAAUGGUUUUAUUUAUUUUUACACAACUACGAUGGCAUGAGGUAUUACUAAAUCAAUAUUGCAAUUUCUGUGUUACAUUUCUUAGGUUCACAUAAUGUACGUUUUAGUACAGCCUUGUUAAUUGUACAUAGUUUGUAUGUAUUCAUUUAUAAUGUCGUUAAGUUGAAUGUUGAAUAUUAAUACUAUGACGUUUUCAUAUUUUGGUUGAAAAGUAUGUUUUACAAACCGUUACACAGUUUAAAGUACCCACAAAUUCAUGAAUUUUGUCAAUUUUGAAAAAAUCGGUAACAAGUCUUGAAUUUUGCGGUCAAACCUUAAAAUAGGGAUGAGUUGAUUUAUAUCUGCCGAAACUAAAACCAUACGACUUUUGGCUGGACAUUUUAGUGAUACAAAAUAUUUCAGUUUAGUAUGUAUGUUAUGAAACUUCCUAAUUCCUUGUAAGAAGACACUCCUUAACUAAAUGUCAACUUUUGUUUGUAAGGCCAUUGGUUUACCAUGUAACGAUACGUUUUUCUGAUUUAUUUGUCAACUUUUAAGUUAUAACUUUAAACAGGUCGAUUCUCUUGUUAAUAUUAUGAAUUCAGACUGGGUUAGUUACAGUGGUAUGUUAAUUUUCCUUUAGUUUGAAGAACCCCUUAACAUUUUAUUUUUAAAACUUAUAUGAUGUUUAUUUAAGAAGCAUGUAUUGCAAAUACCUGUAACUAAACAUAAUGAAAUUAUGCUGAAAUAUAAUAGUGCCUGAUACUACUUUACAACAAGAUAAGCAGUAGUUAAAGCUGCGAGUCUUUAAAAAAAGUACAUUUUGAACUGCUGAAAUUGUGCAAGAAAAUUUUUUAUUCAAUUCCUUGGUUUAAACUCCAUAUUUUAAUAUUCCAUUAUUAUGUAUAAAAAUGGAAAAAAAAUAUUUUGCAAUUUAUUUAUGUUGAAUGAUUUUUUAUGAUACGUUCGGUAGAGUAAUCUUUAAAUUUCAAUCAACUGUUUCAAGCUAUUUCCUUGUACUGGUAAUAAUCUGGUAAUUUUUUACAUGAGUUUUAAGUUUAAAUUUAACAUUAUGACUCUUUGAAACCUUGUUGAAGUUACCUUGGACAUGUUAUUUAAGUUUUUUUGAAUAAACAGUUUU